AUGUCACCGCCUCCUCUCCCUCCCGCUGAUCCCAAUGAGCAUCAAUACUGGACCGACCCGAUCCUCUGUGAAGAGACUCGAGCCAGACUCGAGCAUUUCCGCAGCAUUGGAUGGCUACCCCCGAACUUCAAACCCAAGACAUUGGAAGGUCUUGCAGUGGUCGAAAGAUACUGGCGAAGAUUUUGCAUCCAUUCAAAAGAGGACUACGUGGAGUAUUUACUCCUGGAGGACCAAACAAUCUACAUGAAUUUCUUCGAUUGGAUGUACAGGACCUCACGACAGAAGCUUCUUCAGUCGUACGAUGAGUACUGGCGACGGCUUUGCCAAUACUUUGGUCUGUUUGCACGGCGCCGUCUGAAUGGCAACGUCUAUGAACAGAUGCGACGAUUCCUGAAUAAAGUAUUCCCCGCAGAGCGAAAGAUCCCCAGACGUAUGAAGAAGAAGGACACCCUUGACGUUAAUGUCUUCUGCAUCUUAUAUCGCCAGCACUGGAUAUAUUCGAGAUUUUUCCGUCACGGGAGUAUGAUUAUCCAAUUUGCCGUAGUGCAACUCUGGUCUGCCAUCACUGGAACGCGACCGGGUGUACUGCUUCCUCAGAAAGCUUCCCAGACUGGCCAUAAGUCAUCCCUGGGCAAACGCAAACGCGAGCAGACUUUUCAGAGUGACCUUCCCAAACACGUUUCGGCCGACGAUCUUCCAGAUUCAGUCUGCUACCGCGAUAUUGAGCUCUUCAUUCUUAAAGACCCCGAUAGCAAGCGUGAUGUCCUUUGUGCCAUCAUUGAGUUUCGCAACCUCAAAGGCCGGCCAGAAGGCGCUGACGGAACUAAAUUCUUCAUGCAUGGUGAUUACCAAAUGGCUUACUGCCCAAUCAACCAAAUUAUCUCACUAGCUUUCCGCGAUGGGGCUUUUGUCAAUCCCUUGACUCCAGAGCUGAUAUGGCGGCUUCGAGUUCCAAAGCGCCGACAGGAUCUUCCCCUCCGGUGGAAGGAGGAGAUCCUUGAUACCCCUCUCCUUCGACGUAUUGAGCGCACUCCGCACGGCUACGAGCUCCAUAAGUCAUUGCCGAUGACGUACGACUCAAGUCGACAAGCGCUCAAAGAACUAGGUCGAGAUGCUAAGUUUGAGGACGAUAUUGGCCAUUAUAACUACCGGCGCUGGGUUGCCAAUGAAGUUAAUCGGAACUUCACAAGCCAGGAGCGGCAGAGAGUGCUAGGCCAGUCCGGCGACGCGGUUUUCGAGAGGCAUUACCAGUCACAGUUUAUCGGCCGCGAUCUCCAGCAUGUCGUGCUUCUCCGACCCUCUCAGGAAGGUCUGCUUCGGGUUGCUGGAAGCAUGCUCAGGAAGAGGGAUCCCCUUGCCCCGUCAGGUCUUACCGACCAGCAGAAACGUGCUAUUUGUCGAGACCCCAGAAUCCUUGAGCUUAGACGAGAGCAGAGGGAGCUAAAGGAGGAGAUGCGAUCGCUAGCUGGUACAGUGGCGAAAGCUCGGGAGUCAUUCCCUCAUCUGCAUGAAAGACAUGAGGCAGUUAAAAAAGAGCUCUCUCAAUCUGAUGCUGAAAGUUGUGAAGAUCUCGACUCCGACGAUGAAGACUGGGAUAUUCCUAUUCCAGAAUACGUCUUUCCCGAGCGAGCGCGACUGGUGGAGAAUUUCUAUGGCCCUGAAGCGGAAUGUUUUGAUGCGGAUAAGCUACUUGCACGACGUAUCCAGGUUACCAAGGACAUGGUUGCGCUCUCGAAGCUCUGCGAACCAAGCCGGCGAGGCAACCAAAUCAACUGGGAUGUGAGUGAUGGCGCUAAGGCUGAUGAAACUGAACGUGAAGAGUCGGAAGAAUCACCACCUUCUGAAGAAGAAGCCCUGGACUGCCCAACAGAUGUUUGCAUUAUCUGUUGCGGUUUGUCACGUCGUUCAGCUUCUAAUCCGCCUCCACAUAAAUUUCCUUCCAAGCGAAAAGAUUCACUCCGUCGCCAUCUCAUUGAUUUUCAUCUCGCCCGUGCGCACGAGGGGAUUAGCUGUACCUGGUCGGCCUGCUGCAAUGUCCCUAAGUUCGCAAAGGCUACUGAAUUCUUGGCGCAUGCCGUUGAUGUGCACUCAUAUGAUAUUGGAAUCAAAUUAAAACAUCUCCCCAGCAGACCUCUGUUAACUUGCAGCGAUACUUCCUCUAUCGACAGCACAGACGCUUCUCUGGAAUCAUGUGGACGGUCAGGCACUAGCACUCCCGCUUCCUCUGUCGGCUCUGUGACAACAAAUAUCGACCCGCGCCUGCUGGAGCUCGACAAAGGUACCGUUACAGAGCCACCGCCGCGUCGCUCAAAGAGGGUGCGUCUCCAAUGA